AGAUUUUUUGUUCAACUGUUGAUUUAUCUUAUUUAUACUUUGUGUUGUCUAUUAUAAUUUGUUUUUGUGGAGUAGUAAGUAUUUAGUUUUUAGUCAUUGUUUGUUUUUUAGGUUAGGUAGUUUUUUUAGGUUUUAAGAUGGAUCUGGACACAGAUCCUCCUGACCCUGGUGGAGGUAACAGAAAAAGACCCAAUAAUGAUGUUUCUGAGCCAGUGGCAAAAAAAAUUAGUAGUAAUGCACAUUCAGUACCCUCUAUUCAGCUUCACUAUGUGAACCCUGAGUUUGCUGAUAAAAAAUUAUAUGGUUCCGAUGAUGCUGCGCCGUACAUUGUGCAAGUGUCAAAGCCAGAGACUGAUUCCAUCCUAAGUCCAAUACUAUUUGGCCAAUUUUUGUUCAAAAACAAUGUUCAUAGCGUUAAAAUGGACGGUAUUAAGAGGAUUGGACGUAAUCGUAUCUCCAUCGAAUUUAAAACCCCACAGGAUGCUAACUCUUUUAUCGAUUUGCCUGCAGUAGUAAGUGCUGGAUAUACUGUAGUGAUACCCUCAUACAGUGUAUCCCGUAUGGGCAUUAUUCGCAAUGUCCCUGUAGAUUGGUCGAUGGAAGAGCUUGUAGAAAACCUGCAAGUUCCAGUUGGAUAUGGUAAGGUAGUGAAAGCGCGUAGAAUGAGUCGCAGAACCUCGAAUGAGCAAAAUUCCUCCAUUUGGUUACCUACCCAAUCAGUGGUCAUAACUGUUACUGGUCAGAAAUUACCUACCCACGUUUAUUGUUUUUAUAAUUCCCUACCUGUAGAAAUAUAUAAAUUACCUACAAUCCAAUGUAAUAACUGUUGUCGCUUUGGCCAUGUCAAAGCACAGUGUAGGUCCUUACCUCGUUGUUACAAAUGCUCGCAAAAGCACGAGGGAUCCACUUGUAAUGCUUCAACUUUUACUUGUCUGCACUGUGGUGGCCCACAUGCAGCCAAUGAUGUCUCUUGUCCAGAGUAUUGUAGACAAAAAGAGAUUAAAUUGGUAAUGAGCCAGGAAAAUAUCCCGUACAUGGAGGCAUCAGCUAGAUUCCCCCAUGUAAAGAGGUCCUUUGCUGAUUUGGCCAGAACUUCUCCCUCUGCUUUUGCAAGUAUUUCCAGACAGACUGACAGACUGACUAAAUCCCCAACAACCACAUCCUAUAGAAAAACUGUUUAUGUUCCCCGUCGCCCCAUUCCCCCUAGGUCCCCUGGUUAUGACCACCAGGCUCAUAGAAACCUAAUUGAAGAACCCAUUUCCCAGGCUCCCAAUGGUUGUGCAUACCCUCUUCCUUCUGAAAUUUCCUCCAUUUCCCCGAAUGAUAACCUACUCGACAACUUGACCCUGUUCAUGAUUGACCUCAUUUCGAGAUUCAGUGACUCAUUGCCAAAUAAAACUUUGGCUAACCUGACCCAGCUAGCGAAUUUGUUACCUAAAGAUGGCUUACACUGUGAUACAGUGGAACGGCCGCAGCAUAAGGAAUAAAAAACAAGAUAUCCUUAGUUUAGUAAACUCUUAUAAGCCAUCAAUUUUUGCCAUCCAGGUAACAUGGUUAGCACCUGAUUCCCGUUUCCGGGUUCCGGGUUAUGCCUGUUUCCGGGAUGACAGAUCUGAUGGUAGAGCUGGAGCAGCCAUAUUUGUUUCCAGCCGUUGUACAUAUUCUGUAUAUUUACUUCCUGUACAUAGUAGUUAUUUUAAUAUUGUGGCUGUCCGUAUUUUAGAUAUUAUUUUUAUGUCUGUGUACAUUCCUCAUCCCAAUUCUUCCGUAUUUUCUGAACUUUCUUCUGUUUUAUCCUCUAUUCCUU